AGAAGUGCUCCAGAAGGUCAGAGAAAUGAUUAGAAGUUGUUGGAGCAGUGAGAAAUCUUUGAAUUUUGGAUUCCAGUCACUAUGUGGAAAAAACGUUCUGUCUUUUUCCUCUUUGUUUUGGCUGUUGCUACAAAUUGUAUAGUGUAUGGACAAACCAGAAGAAGGGGACAAAGGCCAAGUUCUCUUCUACAAAGACAAGACAAUCUUCAGGAUUCCAACUGCUUCAUUGACAUCCUCUUUAUCCUGGACACUUCUGAAAGUGCCCGAGGGGAACCUUUUCAGUACCAGAAAGAUUUUGUCAACCUCUUGAGUGACAAAGUUUUCCGUCUGAAGCCCAGUCGAGUCCAAAGGCAUGAUAUUCGGCUGGCAAUCAUGCAGUUCAGCAGCUCAGUCAUUAUUGACCAUCACUUUAGGUCCUGGAGAGGCCUGCAGAACUUUAAGCAAACCUUUGCUAGAAUGUCCUUUAUUGGACAUGGCACUUACACCUAUUAUGCUAUUUCCAAUGCUACUCACCUGUUCCAAACAGAAGGCCGGGAAAAAAGCAUAAAAGUGGUUUUGUUGAUUACUGAUGGUAUUGACCAUCCAAACAGUCCUGAUGUUCAGCGUAUCUCUAAGGAUGCCAGAGCUCUUGGAGUAUCUUUCAUCACCAUUGGCCUGUCUAAUGUUGUCGAUCGAACCAAAUUGCGGUUGAUAUCUGGAGAUUCUCCUGAGACUCCUGUUCCAAUCUUGGAUGAACCCAACCUUACAGAUAAAAUCCAGGACCAGCUGGAAACUUUGUUUAACGAGAAGUGCUGUGAGCCUGAUCGCUGCGAACAAAAGCGCUGUGAAUGCCAAAAGGGAGAGCAAGGACCUCCAGGACCUCCCGGAUAUACUGAACGAGGGCAGAAGGGUGAACGAGGAUCUAAAGGAGAAAAGGGCGAGGCUGUAAAAGGAGACCCUGGAGAAAAAGGUUCUGAGGGAAGUCAUGGAUUAAUAGGAGAAAAGGGGAACAAAGGGGAGUGUGGGAUACCAGGCGUAAAAGGAGACAGAGGGCAAGAAGGUCCAUUUGGCGCAAAGGGACCGAGAGGCCCUCAGGGAAUUGCUGGUCCUCCAGGUGAGCCUGGUCCAAAAGGUAUUCAAGGAAAGAAGGGGGAGCCAGGGCCAACAGGCCCUUAUGGACCUCCUGGAGUUCCUGGUACUGGCUAUCCAGGACCUAAGGGUGAGAGAGGUCAGGAAGGAAGAACUGGGCCUCAAGGACCUACUGGAAUUGGGGAGCCAGGCUCAAUGGGCCCCCGUGGUCCCCAGGGCGUGCCUGGUGAAAGGGGUCAACCAGGAGAAGGAGUUCCAGGACAAAAGGGUGAAAAGGGUUCUGAAGGGCCAGCAGGACCAGUUGGAGCACCAGGCCAUUUCAUCAAAGGAGACAAGGGUGAGCGAGGGAUGGAUGGACCACAGGGCCCGAUGGGACCAACUGGAACUGGUAUCCAGGGAGUUCAGGGAAUUCAAGGUCCGAAAGGGGUGCCUGGGGCAAAAGGCUCACGAGGCAUAGGCCUGCCUGGACCAAAGGGACAAGAUGGUGCACCUGGACUAAAAGGCGACGUAGGACUACCAGGAAUUGGACUACCUGGACCUAAAGGAGAUCCGGGAAUACCAGGAUUUUCAGGAGAAAAUGGGAAACCAGGAUUAACUGGAGAAGUGGGGAAAAAGGGCGAGCGAGGAGUUCCUGGCCCAAGAGGCCCUGAAGGGGUGCCUGGGAGAGGAGAAAUGGGUCUAAAGGGCGAAAUGGGACAGAAAGGAGAGCAAGGAUUUGCAGGUGUGAGAGGAAUACCAGGACCUGCAGGGCCAAAGGGCGAAGCUGGAAUCAAAGGUACAAUUGGUAACCCUGGACCUUCGAUUCGUGGGCCAGCUGGCCCCAAGGGGGAACAAGGAUUUCCUGGGCCUCCUGGAAACGACGGCAGUCCUGGAAAUUCCAUUAUGGGACCGAUGGGCAUUCCAGGGCUGACUGGGCCACCUGGACUACCGGGGCCAAAAGGAGAUGGCUUUCCAGGUCCACCAGGACUUCCUGGAGCACCCGGUCCUCAAGGACCAAGAGGCCUCAAAGGAGCAGGUGACCCAGGGCAAAAGGGAGAUCCUGGAACGAGGGGACCUCCAGGACCUCCUGGGCAACCAGGAAUUGGAAUUCCUGGACCAAAGGGCAUCAUUGGGCAAAAAGGUUUGCCUGGACCACAGGGCCCUCCAGGAUAUGGUACACAAGGAAGUAAGGGAGAACAAGGAGUUCAAGGCUUACCAGGACAAAAAGGCACCAUGGGGACUGGGUUUCCUGGCCCUAAGGGAGACUAUGGAGAGAAAGGGGAUCAAGGAAGAAGAGGUGACAAAGGAGAGCUUGGGGAAUCUGGACCUACAGGACCAAGGGGAUUUUCAGGAGCCAAAGGUGAACCUGGUCUUACUAGAGAAGAUAUAAUCAAACUCAUCAUGGAAAUAUGUGGCUGUGGUUUUGACUGCAGGGACAUUCCUUUGGAGCUUGUAUUCGUGAUUGACAGUUCUGAAAGUGUGGGGCCCACCAAUUUUGACCUCAUCAAACGUUUCGUAAAAGCAGCCAUUAGCAAAGUCCGAGUCGACCCAGCGACAGCCCGUGUUGGCAUCAUCAACUUCAGCCACAAAGCAUACGUGGUAUCCACUUUGCCACAAUGCACCACUGAAGACUGCCUGAAUAUUGCUGUGGAUAAAAUGCUUUAUUUAGGGGAGGGCACCUACACUGCUACCGCUCUCAACAAGACCAUUGACAUGUUCCGGCAGGCCCGACCAGAUGUGAAAAAGGUUGCCAUCCUCAUAACAGAUGGGCAAACUGAUGUUCGUGAUGAAAAGUUGGAGGAUGUAGUGAAGCAGGCGCAUGGCCGCGACAUAGAAAUGUUUGUAAUUGGUGUGGUUCAAAAGAAUAAUUCCAAUUAUAGGAAUAUUCAAAAAGAGAUGGAACUCAUUGCCACAGACCCAGACAGUGAGCAUAUCUCCGAGAUACACAAUUUCCUCAGCUUACGAUCUCUUGAGGAAAAGAUCUUUAAACAAAUUUGUAAAAACAGUUCCGCCAACCAUAUCAAGAAAGUGCUCAGUUCGUCCUCGGCACUUUCUCCUGGAAGUGAGCGUACCGGUCAGUUUGCCAGAGCACAGACGCCAGAGCCAUACAUCCCUCCAUCUAAUCCAGAAACAGAUUAUCUGUAUCCUCCCUGGACACACCGAGAACCCAGUAUCACCACACCUUCUCCUAGGCAUACUCCUGCUACUCGAAGACAAGAUUAUUGGCAACCUAGACCUACUCCAGGGAUUCCUCUCUCGCCUAAUUUAACUCGUGCUGUGCAGCCAACAUCAGCCAUUGUUCAGCCUCAGAUAGCAAUAGGUGGCGCAAAAGCUGCCAGGUGCUUGGAACCAAUGAGACCUGGGGACUGUCGAAAUUACCAAGUGAAGUGGUAUUAUGAUAAGGAUGCUAAUUCUUGUGCCCGAUUUUGGUACGGCGGCUGUCAGGGGAACCACAACCGCUUUGAAACAGAACAAGAGUGCCGGACAACUUGUGUUCAAAACUAAGCCAAAGCAAGUUUCAGCUGAGGUGGCAAAUACUUCAACAGUCUGCAGUCAAUUCCAAAUGCUGUGCUAAUACGAGGCUGGUUCGUGUGCUGUGUGUUGCACUUUUUUUAUGAUAAAAGUAUAUCCAAUAGAUUUGAUAAAGUAUUUAGCUCACAGCUUCUCUGACACAAAGCAACUUAUCCAUCUGUGUUUAUUGUUUAGUACUUCAUGUGGUAAUGUUUCAGUAACUUUAACAAAACAAACGCUAGAGAUUUUAAUGUCUAGAUCGAACUAGAACAGGGUUUAUUAUUAGGCAAUGCAACUCAAAUUUUAAAAAACCUACCCUAAGCAGCAGAACAAAUGAUGUCUGAAACUGGUAUAAACUAAAAAGCCAAGUGUUUCCUGUAUGCUGCUGCUCCAUUAGUUUACUAGUAAAAACUUUUAACACCUCAGAAGCAGCCUAUGAGCAGCCUUGACGCUCAUUGAAGCCAAGUUCAAUUGAGCAGCUAAAAGUCACAUAAAGGAGGAAGAAAUGAUGACAUUGAAUAUGCCACGUUUCGAACAUACAUGGUAGCCUCAGAAUAGCUGACAAAACAGGCAAAUCAGGCAUGUGCAAGAACUGGCAGCUCUGGGCCCCACAUUCCUCUUCACAUCAGAAGAUCUAACCAGCUAGUUUUACAAGGCUCAGAUGAGUAUCUCAAUGGGGCUACACACCUGAGUUAGAAACACCCACAGAAGACAGCUUUCAGACACAGAUUUCUCCUACUGGAUCAGGGCCAGGUGUUUUUAACUGAUUUAGCAGAGGUUAACAGUCACAUACGUUCUUAUUUCUCAGGGCUCUUGUACAAGAGUGUGAAUUAAAACUUAGGUAGCUUAGAGGAACUUAGAGGAACUCAAAAAAACUUAGAGGAACUCAAAAAGGCACUGAACGAUGUAUAUAAAAGUGUAUAUUUUCAUAUUAAGUUUUCCUUACACACAUACUGUAUAAACUAAAACUGAUGGCCAAUGAUUAAACUGAUCAGUUACGCGA